CCCGGGUGUUGUUUCAUCUCACUCUGUCUUUCGCUCUCUCUUAACUCAGCUGCCGCCGCGCUCCGACAGAUGAGGGAGACACCGCCGCCGAGGAGGAAAGUCGGGGGCGUGAAGAGUGCAUUCGCUUCCUCAUCCGGCCGCCUUUCCCUCGUGAGCAGCUCGUCAAGUUGACCCGGGAGGAAGAUGAGGAGGAUCAGCGGGUGAGGGAAGAGACGCAACAGGGUGGCGACAAGCUGGGAAGUGAACCUCCCCGCUUCUUCAUGCUCCAACAAGGGCUCCUGACUUCCAGCAGCAGCAGCAUCUUCAUCAAGCAUGUGAGAGGAGCUCUCAGCAUGCACGGGACAACCAGGUCCAGCUCAAGCUGAAACAGCUGCCCGAGCCCCCCACCAGCCAAGCCAGCCAGCCUGCCUCCCUCCUCCUUUUCCACAUGAGCGCGAGAAGAUGACUAUCACCAGUCGGCAGUCCUUGAAUGUCCUGACGGUCAUCUUCCUGCUGCUGUCCACUGCAGCACUGUCAGCUCACUACCGAGUGUGCGAGCCCUAUUCGGACCACAAGGGGCGCUACCACUUUGGCUUUCACUGCCCCCGGCUGUCGGACAACAAGACGUACAUGUUCUGCUGCCACCACAACAACACGGCCUUCAAGUACUGCUGCAAUGACACCGAGUUCCAGGUGCUCAUGCAGAUCAACCUCACCACCUCCUCCCAUGGCUAUUCACACAAUAAUUACACAGCGCUGGUGGGAGUGUGGAUCUACGGCUUUUUCGUCAUGGUGCUGCUGGCUCUGGACUUCCUCUACUACUCGGCCGUCAAUUACGAGCUGUGCCGGGUCUACUUGGAGAAAUGGGGCCUGGGGGGUCGCUGGCUGAAAAAAGCCCGCAGUCAGUGGCAGCGCUCCACGUUGGACGAGAGCCAAAGCCAGGCUCAGCCCGUCGCGCCCGGCCUCUACCAACCCCGACACAGUCUCCGAGGGGAGAGCCACAGCCCCACGCUGCUGCCCUACAACACGUCCAGCGCAUGAGCAAUGUGGCCGGCAGAAAAGUAGCGCGCCGUUUCCCAAAGGCGACCCGGAGGAGGCGACCCACCUUACAGACGCUCUGCAUCCACACUUACAUUGGCAGCCUCCAGGAAGUCUUUGGCAGGGACGCCCUCUUUCCCCUCUGAUGAGCACAAGCCAGCCGCGGACUGACAGCGGCCUCGUUUAACAAGCCAGCUGAGAGAGCGGCGGCCAGUCUGAGCUGAGCGACUGAGGAUGACGCCGUCACAUUGGCAGGUUUCCAAUCUGAAAUGUUUCUCAGACUGUGUCACUUUGUGUUGCGUAGCUGUUAGACACGGUUUGCGAUUUUAUUUCUGUGAUAGUCACACAAUGAGCGGCGACCCCUGGAGAACACGUGAUUGGUUGGGUCGAUGCCGAGCAUCUCACGUAGCUGUGUUUCGUUUCCUGCUGGGACACGAAGUCGCACGGCAACGUCAUUUUUGAUGGAGACGCGCCGCUUUUCCUGCUGUAGCUCUAAAAAUAUCCGUAGAUUUUUCACGUGUGAUCGGUGUUUGUUGUUUAGACCGCGGGGGGGGGGGG